CCCGCAUUUACACGUUCACACUGGCUUCAACUUGCACGUUUUUGUCGUAAACAAACCAAUUUCUUCCAAUUAAAACAUAAUUUUAAGAUAAAAAGCAAUCUAAGAUGUCGUCGUGGAAGAAGGCGACCAAGAGCAACCAAAAGGUGCACCGCGAACGCCACCAGCCCGAGGCGCGUCAGCACUUGGGCUUCCUCGAGAAGAAGAAGGAUUACAAGAAGCGAGCUCUCGAUGCCCAGAAAAAAGAGAAGACCCUUAAGGUGCUGUAUCGGCGGGCGCAGAACAAGAAUCCGGAUGAGUUUUACCAUCACAUGAUCAACUCGAAGCUGGCCAACGAUGAGCAUCGCGAGAAGGAGAAGGAGGACGAGCAUACCCCCGAGCAGCUGGCCCUAAUGCAGACGCAGGACCUCAAGUAUGUGGUGAUGAAGCGCACUGUGGAGCGACGGAAGAUCGAACGCCUCAAGGUGGAGCUGGUGGACAUCGAUAGUGGUGCGUCCAACAAGCGGUUUACCUUUGACGAGCAGGGCAGGAAGCAAAAGGCAGCAGUUACCCUGGGCGAACGCCUCCAGGAAUCAGAGCAGGCAACGAAAACUCCAGCGCCAAACUCCACCCGGCAGCAGCGCAUCAACGAGCUGAAGAAAAGGGAGAUUCGGGAACGGGAGCUGGGCAUUGUCCAGCGGAAGAUACAGCUGAAGAACACACUCAAGCAGCAGCGUCUCCUCAAGCCAAAGAAAGUGAAAGCUGGUACCAAGGACAGUGCGCCCGUGUAUAGAUUCCGCUAUGAGCGCAAGAAAUGAAUAGACUCAAUACAGUAACCGCUGUAGGCCCUUAAGCGUAUAUCCGUUUGUAAUAAAGCCAUUAGUUUUAAAUCGA